AUGAUGAAAAAUCAAAGAACACCACCGUGGCCCACUGCACCGCUAUCUGAGCUGCCUCCAAAGGAGUUGGCCGAUACGCUCGUCGAUAAUUAUAUUCGUACCUUUGAGUCCAGAUAUCGCGUGUUACACAUUCCAACCUUUCGAAGGGACUAUGAUGCCAUAUGGACCACCGAAGUUCCUGAUGUGGAAUUUAUGCUUCAGGUAAAAUUGGUCAUGGCGAUUGGAGCCGUGGUAUACGACGAGAAUUAUUCACUGCGACCGAGCUCUGUUCGCUGGAUAUACGAAGCACAGACAUGGGCGGCCGAGCCGGAAUUCAAAGCUCGGCUGACCAUGCGGUUCAUUCAGACAAAUAUACUCCUACUAAUGGCGAGAGAGAUUGUCGGAAUUAGUGGGCCUUUGAUAUGGAUCUCCAUGGGAGACCUCAUUCGAACAGCAGUGUACAUGGGAUUACACAGAGACCCUUUGUAUCUGCCAAAGAAAAGCACAUUUGAUUCUGAGAUGUGCAGACGACUCUGGAACACAAUCAUCGAAAUGGCAUUAAAUACGAGUUUGGAGUCUGGCGGUCCUCCCCUGUUAAAUCUUGACGAUUUCGAUACGCACCCACCGGGGAAUUUUGAUGAUGAGGAUAUCCUAGCUGAAGACCCGACACCAAAACCAGAUGAAACAUUCACUCAAAUGUCUAUCCCAUUGGCUCUUCGAAAAAUGUUCGAAGCCCGUCUCGCCAUCGGAAAUUCCUUGAAUUGGAUUGGCUUGCACAGCUCAUACGAAGAGAUGCUGCAUUUAGACAACGACCUUCGCACGUCCUACAAGAUGAUCUGUCGCACGCUCCAAAGUUACCGUUCAACCGGUGACAGAUCUCCAACUAUAUUUCAAACCCAGACGCUUGAUUUCCUCAUGCGCCGCUAUCUACUAGCACUGCAUAUCCCAUUCUUUGUGUCAUCGCUAGAAGACGCCGCAUACGCGUUUUCCAGAAAGGUAGUGGUCGACACAGCACUUCAAAUAUGGUGCACAACCAACCCAUCAUCCGGAAUGAUGGUUGCAACACGCGAAGCGAAUAAUUCACCUCAGAACGAUGAUCUUCCCCGACUUGCAACAUGUGGCAUGGGAAUGCUCCGCUUAAUAACCAUCCAAGCGUGUUUCCUCAUUGCCGCAGAACUCAAAAAACAACUUGAAGAUGAGGAUCAUCUCGGAUCCGUUCCUCUCCGCCGUGAUCUUCUGACUGUGGUCGAAGAUUCAUUGAACUGGGGUUGGAAAUGCUUGGUAGCAGGCGAAACUAAUGUUAAGGGGUAUCUAAUGUUGGCCCUCCUCAACACGCAGGUUCAGGCGUUAAUGUCCCGGAUCCCAGAGGAGGAGUUUCCGGGUUUGUUCAUGAAAUCCGCCGAGGACUCUUUGUCAAAAUGUCUAGUCUUGCUAAAAGAGAAGGCUGGAUGGGACGAUGACGUCCAGACGGGGCUGUGCGGGUUCAACGAUAUAGUAGAUUUCGAGGGUUUAUUCGGUUCAAAGGGCGACUGGAAUUUCCUGGUAAGAAUCACCUGA